AUGGUAAAUGAGAAGUGUAAGAGAUUUGCAGAGAAUCCUAAUGCUCUGAGAGUGAACGUGAUGGCUAAUAUGGAGCUCCAUAACAAAAACAUUAAGCAGAUGGAGGAAGAGCUGAUUAAGAAGAUGGAAGGUGAACUCUUGACCAUGAAGGAGAAUGUGGAGGAGCUAGGACAUGUUAUGGCUAAGUCAGCUUUGAAGAUUGUAGGGAUUGCUGCUGUAAUUGUUACCUCAAUUGUAUGGCUUUGGGGAAGAGUGUAGGUGUUGAGGUUUUAGAGUAAAUCUAUUGUCAGUUUGUGUUUUGUUUUGUAAUGUGA